GUCGGUUCCAGUUUUCUCGCUGGCCGCUGUCUCGAGAGCGCCGGUCCUUCCAGCCCAGAGGCACCCAUCAGAGAACAGCAACGCAAGAUGGGCGAUGAGAUUGAGCCGAAUUUCAAGCCCUCCGAUCUAGGCACGAAGCAGUACUGGGACAAUGCAUACACACGGGAAGUCAAGAACUUUGAUGACUUUGGCGAUAUCGGCGAAAUUUGGUUCGGUGAGAGCAGCGUUGAGAAGAUGAUCGACUGGGUUCUGGAUAACGUCACCAACAAAUCAACGCGAACAGUAGAUCUGGGAUGCGGAAACGGGCAUUUGCUACUUGAGAUGUCGGCCCUUGGGUACACAAAUCUGGUCGGCGUGGACUACUCUGAAGCCGCGGUCGACCUUGCCAUCAAAGUCGCUGAUGAGCAGCGCCGAACCGGCAUCACCUAUUUGCCACUGGAUUUGCUGGACGAGGCUGCGCUCGCUGCGGGUGGCCACUGCGAUGCAUACGAUCUCGCUUUGGACAAGGGAACGUUUGACGCCAUAUCCCUCGCGACUCCAGCAGAGGGAGGUAAUGGGGCUGACGCUCAUCCAGCCGACCUCUAUCCUUCAAGAGUCGCAUCAAUGCUGAAGGACAAUGGAAUACUUGUGAUCACCAGCUGCAAUUGGGUGGAAGCCGAGCUCAUCGAGAAAUUCAAAGCAUACUUUGUUUUCCAGGCAAGGAUCAAACAUCCCACCUUCACGUUUGGCGGAAGUGAGGGUCAGACCAUAACCACGGUCGUCUUUCGCAAGAAAUAGUGAUGACUUGUGACGAUAAUCCAACUGCGCAGCCUUCGAAAUGGAAUAGAAAUCGCCGCGAUGCAGCCUAUAUUGCCGUAUCAU